GGGAGCCGCCGGGCGCUCGCAGACUCGGUGAGCGCUGCCCGCACAAGACCCUACCGCCGCGCCCCGCGCCGCCACCCCGAGCCAUGGCAUCCCUCGGCCACCCAGCCGCCUUUGGCCGGGCCACCCAUGUCGUGGUACGGGCGCUGCCCGAGUCCCUCGCCCAGCAGGCGCUGAGGCGCACCAAGGGCGACGAGGUGGAUUUCGCCCGCGCUGAGCGGCAGCACCAGCUCUACGUGGGCGUGCUGGGCAGUAAGCUGGGGCUGCAGGUGGUGCAGCUGCCCGCCGACGAGAGCCUCCCAGACUGCGUGUUCGUGGAGGACGUGGCCGUGGUGUGCGAGGAGACGGCCCUGAUCACCCGCCCCGGGGCGCCGAGCCGGAGGAAGGAGGUUGACAUGAUGAAAGAAGCACUAGAAAAACUUCAGCUCAACAUAGUAGAGAUGAAAGAUGAAAAUGCAACUUUAGAUGGUGGAGAUGUCUUAUUCACAGGCAGAGAAUUUUUUGUGGGCCUUUCCAAAAGGACAAAUCAACGAGGUGCGGAAAUCUUGGCUGAUACUUUUAAGGACUAUGCAGUCUCCACGGUCCCCGUGGUGGAUGCUUUGCACUUGAAGAGUUUCUGCAGCAUGGCUGGGCCAAACCUAAUCGCUAUUGGAUCCAGUGAAUCUGCACAGAAGGCCCUCAAGAUCAUGCAACAGAUGAGUGAUCAUCGCUACGACAAACUCACGGUGCCUGAUGACACGGCCGCAAACUGCCUAUACCUGAAUAUCCCCAGCAAAGGCCACAUCUUGCUGCACCGAACCCCAGAAGAGUACCCAGAAAGUGCAAAGGUUUAUGAAAAGCUGAAGGACCAUAUGCUGAUCCCCGUGAGCAAUUCUGAACUUGAAAAGGUGGACGGGCUGCUGACCUGCUCCUCGGUUUUAAUUAACAAGAAAGUAGACUCCUGAGCCGCAGUCCCUCCCUUGUAUCCGGCAGUACUGCAUUCCUAAGGCCGGUAACUGUACCCACUCCUGCCGUUUUGGUUGACAAUCUCCUGUGCCACUGCGCCACUAACCCUGGUUUACAAUUCUAAGUUUCAUUCCUUGGUUCUGCACCUCCCCCACCCCCUCCCCUCACAGUGGUACCUAAACUGUGGAUUUGCUCAACGAGUUAAGCAAUCUAGAAACUAUAGAGCUAAUGAACUAUUGAAAUGUGAUUAAUACUAGUAAGGAAACACUUGUUUUAGUGUUUGUAUUAUCUGUGUGAAAAUCAUUUAGUUGCCAAUAUAUGCUGAAGAAUGUCUUCGUGAUCAGUCAGAUAAACUGGGUUUUCUUUCUGUAUGUCAUUAAUCGUCUCUGGCUCCUGUGAAAUUCCCUGGUCCAGGGAUCCUCUCCUUUUCCCUCUUUUUUCUUCUUUUCCUACUUCUGUCACCGUCACCUUGACCUGGGGUAGAAUCCGGGGUCUCGCCUUCUCCACACCUUCCUGCAAGUGGACUCUGUCUUUCAUUUGUCUUCUCUGCCUCACGGCUGCAUCUUCUGCCAUCACACCACUCACCCCCAAAAGGGUCCAAUAGGCACCUUAGCAGAACUGUGACGAAAAUCAGAGCAGCUGUUGAGGGGAGACUUAACUACAGAGAGGCAAUCCCCGAUGGAGAUUGCCCCAGAGAUCUAAAUUCCAGAAGUGGGGCACCACACCUAGGAAGGUGAAUUCAGCAUCAGAUGGUUGCUAGGGGGCUGCAGAUCAAGAAGCUUGGAAACAGUCCAUGGGUACAACAUUUCAGGAAGUCUUUAAGUCACAUUCCACAUUCCAUGAAUUUUUGCUUUAUUACUGGCCAUUUCCAGACCUUGAGGAAUAGACUGAAUUUUUUUCAUUUAACUCACUUUCAUUUCCCCCUGUUGUAACUCACCUUGUUUCCACCCCUCUACCCCUACACUUUUCCUGAUCUACGGAGUUAUUCCUUUCAAGAGAGACAUUACAUCUAAAAAUGAUUGUGGAUGGGCUAGUGCAAGCCAAUUGGAGCGUGUUCAGGAAGUGAUAGGCUUGGUGCUUGAAGCCAACCACAGACAGUAGACAAUUCUACUUUGAAAUAUCCAUGAACAUUUACUGUGGAAUUCAAUUAAAAUUUAUUUCCUGUCUGACCUUCCUGUUACACAAGCUUACACUGAUACAAAUCUCUUAACAAAGAACAAGGCUGCAGCAAAGGGAGAGAUAGUUGUCUUUUACUUAAGCCUGAAAGAAUCAGCCUUUUAGCAACCCGGGGAAAUGGUACUUUCCAAGGAACGGUGACUGAUCCAGGCAUGUUAUCAAACUGCCCAGUCAUCUCCACCUUUCCUAGAUUGCCUAUGGCUUCUUAAGAUUCAGUGAGUUUGAGAAAUGCUACUUCAAGCCUUGCUCUGCUCACCUACAGGUUUGUAAUCAGACAUUCCUUACGUUUGGUGACCAAGAGAGAAUACCUUCAUUUAUUCUAUCUCCCCCUGAGCGAAUGGAAGUAAGAAACCUCUGAGCAUACAAGACAUCCUUAACCACUGUUUUUUUUAUUUGAUGAUUUUAUGUCAGACUUUGAAGAAAUUCCUUCUCCUCCUUCUUUUUUCUUUUUGCUUAACUUUAAUAUUCAUAUCAUGUACAAAUAUCUAAUUUCAUGCAUCCUAUGACUAAAACAUAUCUUGAUCACUGUCAUAUUUCCAGCUGUCUCAUCAUGGGUGGACAAUGUGUUUUUGCCACAGAGAGAAUUAAUGUCACUCACAUGCUCAAGUUAAUAAAUAAAAAUUGUCCUCAGCAGUUAUAGCUGCCCUUUUGGGUUAAAUCUGGCCCUAUGCUGGCAAAAACAGAAAUCCUCCCCGGGAGAGAUCAACAUCACAAAAACAACCACAGGAAAACGAAUGCAAUGAGCCACUUCAGGCUCACUAGUAAAGCUAACUGGCUUAUGAUUUUCAAUAUCUCUAUUUCUAUCAUUCCAAAUUAAAGAACUGUUCUCUAUUAUGUUUAGUAAAUUGAAAGUGGAUCAAUAUUUCUUUUGAACAGUUGGUUCUAACAGAAGGCUGUUUUCACUUCUUCUUUAUGUCUUUCCAUCUUUCCUUCUCUUUGUCUCAAGAAAUCACUUAGAAUCUAUGUGCCUCUUCUACAGAAUCUUAUUCUGCACUAUUCCAUCACCUACAAGACUGGCUUCUUUGGACCCUUUCUGUGAUAUGAUGAUGUGGAAACCUAAAAUACUUGCAGAAUACUAAUAUUCUUUCUUUGGUGUAUUCAUCGGCAUAAUAUUAUCUUUGAAGAGGAAACACAACCCAUUAGCCCAUUAUAUAGGUUCCUCUUUUGUCCCGUGUGAUUUACAAGGAUAAACUAACAAAAACUGCUUUUUGACAUUAUAAGAACACUAGAAAUUGUAUGUAAGUAAAUAACAGUUGAGUCAGAAUCUCGUGGUCAGUAAGAUUCAGCUUACUAAGGACAAUAUAGAGAAAGUACAUGAUGCGGCAUUAUUUCUCAACUGUGACAGAUUACUACAGAAAUCAGCAGGCAGAUCUCUCUCCUGUGUAUUGAUUGCUCUUUCAAGCUACUGUGAACAGAUUCCUAAGGCUAUCUCUUCAUCCUGAAGGGGGGAAAUAGUCUGCAGAUGAACAAUGUGACUUAUUUAGAGUUGCAUGUUAAUCUUUGUAAUUGUUUACUCCUUAACAUCCUACAGAACUCAGAAAUUAUUUCCACAUGGUGUUAGACUUAUUGUGCAUUUUAUCUUACUGACCAUCCUGUUGCAGGCCAUGUAUGAUUAUCCACUCUGUGUGCCAAAACCAGUAAUGCCUUUCAUGGCCCUUUAGUCCAGAGAAGUUCUGCACUGAUUUUAGUCUCUUGCUGUCCUGAUCCUACAAGUAUACCAAUCACGAUGGAAUAAAGUAUGAGUUGUACUGUG